AUGCCGCCUCCACCGCACCAAAAACCCGAAAAUGUGCUGAAGAGGGCUCACGAGCUCAUCGGGGUCGGCCAGCCCCCGGCGGCUCUGACUCUGCUUCACGAGCACAUCACCAGCAAACGCUCCCGAAAUGUUCCCAUCGCGUCGCUCGAGCCCGUUAUGCUGCUCUUGGUCGAACUCUCCGUCGAACAGAAGAAGGGAAAGCUCGCCAAGGAUGCCCUCUACCAGUAUAAGAAUAUUUCUCAAAACACAAACAUUGCGACCAUCGAGCUCGUCCUCAAGAAGUUCAUCCAGCUCGCCGUCGAAAAGGUGACUGCUGCGCAGCAAAAGGCCGAUGAAGUCCAGUCUAGUCUCGAGGCCACCACUGGCGGCGACUCCAACGUCGAAGACUUGGAAGCUACCGAGACCCCUGAGUCCAUUCUCCUCGCCACCGUCUCGGGCGAGCAGUCCCGCGACCGUACCGACCGCGCCAUCGUUACCCCUUGGCUCAAGUUCCUCUGGGAGGCUUACCGUACCGUUCUCGACAUCCUUCGCAACAACGCACGCCUCGAGAUCCUCUACCAGAGCACUGCCUCGCAGGCUUUCGACUUCUGCCUCAAGUACACCCGCAAGACCGAGUUCCGAAGACUUUGCGAGCUUCUCCGCAACCAUGUCCAGACUGCUGCCAAGUACUCUUCGCAGAUGCACGCCAUCAACCUCAACGAUGCCGAUACCCUGCAGCGUCAUCUGGAGACCCGCUUCCAGCAGCUGAAUGUUGCUGUCGAGCUCGAGCUCUGGCAGGAGGCAUUCCGCAGCGUUGAGGAUAUUCACACUCUGCUCAACCUCAGCAAGCGUCCUCCCAAGAAUGUCAUGAUGGCCAACUACUACGAGAAGCUUACUCGCAUCUUCCUCGUCGGCGAGAACUAUCUGUUCCACGCCGCUGCUUGGUCCAGAUACUACAACCUCCUCCGCCACUCUGCUGUUCUUGUGGCUUCCGGUCAGGGCAAGAAGGCUGACAACCCGCCUGCCACUGAGGCUGAUCUCCAGAAGGCCGCCUCCUUCGUUCUGCUGUCUGCUCUCGCCAUUCCCGUCAUCAGCACCUCGCGCUCUCGUGGCGCCAUGAUUGACUUUGACGAGGCCCGCAAGAACAAGAACUCGCGUCUGACGCACCUUCUCGGCAUGACCCAGGCUCCUACACGUUCCCGUCUCUUCCGCGAUGCGCUCUCCAAGUCUCUCCUUCAGCGUGCUCGCCCUGAGAUCAAGGAGCUUUACAACAUCCUCGAGGUCGAUUUCCACCCUCUCUCCAUUUGCCAGAAGAUCUCUCCUAUCCUGAGCAAGAUUGGUGCUGAUUCCGAGAUGGAGCGCUAUAUCCUACCUCUGCAGCAGGUGAUUCUCACCCGACUGUUCCAGCAGCUAUCUCAAGUCUAUGAUACCGUUGAUCUUGAGUUUGUUCAGACGCUGGCUCAGUUCCCCGAGCCUUUCCAGAUCACCCGCCCCACUAUUGAGAAGUUCAUCAUGAACGGCAACAAGAAGGGCGACCUUGCCAUCCGCAUGGAUCAUGCCACUGGUGUUCUUAGCUUUGACAGCGAUAUCUUCUCUUCUUCCAAGGCUGGCCACAGUGGCUCCGCCGCUGGUUCCGCCGAGGCUGACGGCGGUGCUGUUCAGCGUCUCCAGAGCACUCCCUCUGAGAUUGUCCGAUCUCAGCUCACCCGCCUCGCCAGAUCCCUUUUCACAACAUGCCACUACAUUGACCCCGAGUUCAAUAAGGAGCGUCUGGCUGCCCGCAACGCCGCCCUCAGCCGCGCCAAGGCUGGUGCUGAAAAGGAGCACUUGGCCAUCCUUGCCCGCAAGGACGUUAUCCAGAAGCGCAAGGAGGAAGCCUCUGAGGCUCAGGCUCGCAAGGACAAGGAAAACGCCCGCCAGAAGCGUCUCAAAGAGCAGGCUCUCCAGGAGGCUGAGGACAAGCGUCUGGAGAAUGACCAGAGAGAGCGCGAGGCCAGACGUAUGAAGGAGGAGCGCGACAAGGUCCGUAGGGCCGAGGUUGAGCAGCAGAUCAAGGAACUUAAGAUGGAUGGCAAGCGCCUCGACAUUAAUCUGGAUGACAUUGAGAAUCUGGACACGAACCGGCUCCGUGAGAUCAAGCUGAGCCAGCUUGAGCGUGAGAAGCAUGACGUCAAGGAGAAGCUCAGAGUCACUGGCAAGCGCAUCGACCAUCUGGAACGUGCCUACCGCAAGGAGGAAGGCAAGAAGCUGGCCGAGGACUACGAGCAACAGUGCGAGGUGGACCGUGCCAUCUACGAUAAGAACACCGCCAAGAAGCUCAAGGAUUCCGAGGAGCUGCACAAGGCCAAUGUCGAGCUCAAGAAUCGCUUGACCAGACUAGUGCCUAUAUAUGAGUCCUUCAGAGAGAACCUCCAUGAGCGCCGUCGCGACGAGUUCGAGAAGCGUCGCCGUGAUGCCGAGAAGGAGCUUGAGAAGCAGAUUGCCCUUCGCAAGAAGGAGUUCCGCGACCGCAAACUGCGCGAGAAGCGCGAGCGCGAGGAGAAGGAGAGGGAACUCCGCGAGGCUGAGGAGCGUGCCGCUCGCGAAAAGGAGGAGCAGCGCGAGCGUGAUGAGCUUCGCAAGGCUGAGCUUACCAAGCUCAAGGAGCAGCGCGACAAAGAGCGUCAGGAGAUGCUCGAGAAGGCGGCUCUUCAGCAACGUCGCGAAGACGAAGCUCUCGCUCGCCGCAAGGCCGAGAAGGAGCGUCCUCUCCGCGGCGCCGAACCCGCUCCCGACAGCGACGCUCGCAGACCUCCCGUCAUUGGCGGUGGCAGCUGGCGCGAGAGAGAGGCUUCCAAGAAUGCUGCCGCCCCCCCUGCUUCUGCUCCUGCUCCUGCUGCUCGCACCAUGGAGCGAACCGACUCCCAGGAGCGUCCCUCUGCCGGUGGCCCGCCCCGUCUCAACCUCGCUGGCAGCAAGCCCAGCUGGCGCGAGCGCCAAGCGGCCAAGGAGGCCUCUGGCGAGACCUCGGACAGCGCUCCUCCUCCCAGAAACUUCCCUCCCCGUGGUGCUCCCAUUGAACGGGGUGGUUCUGCCCGCGGUGAUGCCCCUCCUCCUAGACGGACCGAGUCGCAAGAGCCUGCGGCUCCUGAGCAGCCGCCUUCGCGCGCUGCUGGUGGUGGUGCUGGAGGCAAGUGGGUUCCUCCUCAUCUGCGCAACAAGGCGUAA